UCGCGUAGUAGGCUCGUUGUGCAACUGUCUUGUCUGCUAUAGUCUGUUGAGAAAAUCGUUUUUACUGACGUACCUAGAGUCUCUAGUCAAUUCAAUACAUUCUGUGGAAAUGGCAAAGAUUGAACUAAAUCCAGUUGGAACGAACUUGUUGAAGAGUGUUUCUGGAGAGAGUGUGGAGCUCCAGUCUUUAUGGCGCGACCAGCCUGUGGUCCUGUUCUUCCUGCGUAGGUUUGGCUGCCAGGUGUGCCGCUGGACAGCAGCAGAGAUCAGUAAACUUGAGCCAGACCUGACAGCCAACGGUAUUGCCCUGGUGGGCAUCGGACCUGAGGAGACAGGCCUGAAGGAGUUUAAGGAGGGGGGAUUCUUCAAAGGAGACCUUUACAUUGACGAGAAAAAGCAGUGCUACAAGGAUCUGGGCUUCAAAAGGUACACGGCUCUUAGUGUGGUUCCUGCAGCACUGGGGAAGAAAAUACGAGAGGUUACGACAAAGGCCAAAGCUCAAGGGAUCCAGGGGAACUUCACUGGGGACCUCCUACAGAGUGGAGGCAUGCUCAUCGUGGCCAAAGGUGGAGAAAAAGUUCUGCUGCACUUUGUCCAGGAUUCACCCGGAGACUAUGUACCAUUGGAGGACAUUUCCAAGGCUCUCGACAUCUCAGCCAAUGUACAGGCAGGGGAGAGACCACAGUGCAACGAUGAUGUUUGUACCAGAUGAAGCCUGAACACGCCCUGGACUUGUGACAUCUCAAGUGCACUUUGGGGAGGAGAGCUGCACCCCGACCACCAAUCAAGAGGGGUAAAUCUGGACUGUGAAGCAGGAUGAUUAUGACCAUUUAAAUCUGCGUCAAUGUUUUUUAUAAUGGAUACCCCAACUGGGUACAACCAAAUCCGUUUUGAUUCCUGAUAUAGUAGAUUUCUAGAUGUUUUCCAGCUUGUAAAUCUGUGGAUAAUUCCAGCUUGACUGUGGAUAAUGUUAUUAAAUAGUAUACAUUU